GCCCAGAUCCUGAGGAGAGCCGGGAACACACUGAGACUGAGCAUCACACCGAGACACCACUCGUCCUCUCUGUCAGAGGGAGCAGAUCUGGAUAUUGACGGCCGGGUGAUGAAAGGAUCCAGAAGCAGGUCAAAGGAGGAGUCCAGGUUCUACAACGUGGAUCUGGAGCGAGGUCCGACAGGUUUCGGUUUCUCUCUGAGGGGGGGGCAGCGAGUACAACAUGGGACUGUAUGUACUGGGACUGAUGGAGGGGGGGCCGGCCCAACGUAGCAACAAGAUACAGGUGUCGGACCAGCUGGUGGAGAUAAACGGAGACAGUACAUCAGGGAUGACUCACAGUCAGGCUGUGGAGCAGAUCAGGAGAGGAGGACAUCGAAUCCACCUCGUCCUCAAGAAAGGAAACGGAUACGUGCCCGACUACGGCCCUGAGGAAGGAGCCCUCUCCCCCUCCUCCUCUUCACACACAGAGGAGCAAGAUGUGAAAACAGUAACCAUGACAACCGCCUCCCUCAGCCAGCAGAGGGGAGGAGGCGGUGGUACGGGAGGAGGAGAAGGAGGAGAGAGGAGGAGGACAAGGAGAGAGGGAGAAACCAAACGAAGAACAGGAGGAAGAGGAGGGUUAGGGCCUCCUGAUCUGGACCUAGACGUAGUGGAGGAGGAGGCACGGGAGGAGGAGGAGGAGGAGGAGAGAAGGAAAAGAAGCCAGACUGUCAGGCCAAAGGAGAAGCGGGACAACCAGAGGGAGCAGGGGAGGAGGAGCAGGAGUUUACCCAGGAUCAGUGCUCGAUCUUGGGAUAUGUUGCUGCCGCAGGAGGAGGUGGAGGUGGAGGAAUCUGGAGGAAUGAAGGAGAGAAGGAGGAGCGAGACUAAGAGCAGGAGGAGAGCGACAAACGAGGAGGAGAGGAGGGUGGAGAGAGACGACAGGACCACCCGCCACGCAAAGCCUUCUGGGAGCUCAGGUGCGCCGUUCUCCUUCCUUAUGCCGAUUGACGACGACGACGAUGACGACGACGACGAGCGUCAGCGUCUGUCCGACAGCGAAUCAACAACCAGCAUCGCAACAGCGGAGUGGAGGGAGGAGGAUUCUGAUUGGAGGAGAGCCGAGGGGAAGGCCCCGGGCCCCUGGCUGAAGCCGAGCCCGAAGAGAUUGACGAAGGUUCUGAUUGGCAGUCGGCUCGGUGGGCGGGAACUAUUGGGCGGGCUCUCUCUCUGAUUGGCUCACAGCGAGGACGUUUUUUUAUUCGCUGAUUUUCUUCUCUCUUUUUUUUGGCUACUUAUAAGGGCUUUCUUGAUUGGCCUACUGAGAGGAGACCCGCCUCUUCCUGCUUCUUAUUGGAUGACAAGAAGUUUCUGAUUGGAAGAUAAUAAGCAAGCUGUCAAGGACUUGUAUUUGAUUGGCUGGUGGGCGGGUUUUGAGGCCUCCUGAUUGGCCACUGACAUAACAGCUGCACACACGGCUGCCAAAUUCACCAACAAUGUUAUUUUUCAUUUUACCCAUCAUCCCUCAGUGCAUCCUGAGACCUGUAUCACGAAGCCGUUAUUAUUAGUGCGUUAUCCGGCUCUCGACGCUGGUGCACUUUUAAAUCACCAUGGUAACGGGGGUAAAUCACCACGGUAACGGUGGUAAAUCACCAUGGUAACAGUGGUAAAUCACCAUGGUAACAGUUAACCUCAGAGAAUUAGAUAGAAAACCUGUCAACAGCACGACAAUUAACCAAUCAGGAAAAUAUAUUUUUAAUCAAUUUAUAAUAAAAGUGACAAAUAAUAAGCAGCAGCAGAGAUUUCUAUGGGUCAGUAGAAUCUGAUUAUCGUGUCUGAAACGCGGCCCAAGAUGCCACGAGGUGGCUCGGUUCUUUGGGUGAACAGUUGAAAAUAUAAAGAAACAAGAUAUCUACAACAUUUUCAGUCUAAAAGAGACUUUCUUGCACGUUUGCCCAUCGGUUAUGGAAGAAGUUUCAUAUUCAUGUUGUCUGCAGUGAACUAGCGAAGGUAAACUUUUGCGGGGAUUUAGCAAAUGUUCCACCAAAACAAGAUCCCUCCCGAUAUUAGUUUUGAAAGGGCACCAUCGCUGCUUCCUUGGCUGCCCAAGACGAUUGCGAUUGGUUUAAAGAAAAGUAAACAACACUUCCAUUUUCACCUUCGUACAGAUUUAUGAUAGUUCAGCCAGACCUUUGUGUGCGUCACCAAAUGCUCUGCAGGUAGAACCAGACCGUCGCUCUGAACAUCUUCACUGUCAGGCUGCAGGGUUAAUGUUGAUCCACUGUAACUAUGAAUCAUGUGGAAAAGUGUGUAACCAGCUUCACGACACCAGCGAUCAGGAUCCCUGAUGUUGGGUUCCAGAGUGAGAUGAAGUUCUUGUGAUACAGGCCCCGCUCUUCACCUCCAUCAUCCUCCUCAUCAUCAUCCUCCUCCUCCUCAUCAUCCUCCUCUUCCUAACUUUAAACUCGUAUGCAAACAACAUGAGAACCUUUACUGAAGGCGCUGUUCUGUGAUUCUGUGUAAUCUGAGCAUGUGAAUAUCACUGGAAUGAUUUUUUAUUUUUAUAAGCUGAACAUGUAAAAGGCUCAAUGACAUCAUUAGUAUUAAUAUUAUUAUUAUUAGAUAUUAAAUAGAUCAGAGAU